UUUUUACAACACUAGUCGACAGUAAGUGAUUCGGAUCGUUGUACGAUUGCUGAUCGGAUUAAGCGCUAUUUCUGUGCUGGCUACUGAAAGAUGGUGGAUCGCUUGGCAAACAGCGAAGCUAACUCCAAGCGCAUCGCGGUCGUGGAGGGCUGCUUCGGCACGGCCGGUCAGCCGCUCGCUAUCCCAGGACGUGUGCUCAUCGGAGAGGGCGUCCUUACCAAGCUGUGCCGCAAAAAGCCCAAAGCCCGGCAGUUCUUCCUCUUCAAUGACAUCCUGGUCUACGGCAACAUCGUCAUCCAGAAGAAGAAGUACAAUAAGCAGCACAUAAUCCCUCUGGAGAGCGUCACCAUCGAUACGGUCGUGGACGAAGGUGAGCUGCGCAACGGCUGGCUCAUCAAAACGCCCACCAAGUCGUUCGCGGUGUACGCCGCCACAGCUACAGAGAAGUCCGAGUGGAUGAACCACAUCAACAAGUGCGUAUCGGACCUGCUGGAAAAAAGUGGCAAAUCACCCACGGGCGAGCACGCGGCCGUGUGGGUUCCCGACUCGGAGGCGUCCGUCUGCAUGAGAUGCCAGAAGGUGAAGUUCACGCCGGUCAGCAGGCGGCACCACUGCAGGAAAUGCGGCUUCGUCGUGUGCGGCCCAUGCUCCGAGAAGAAGUUCCUGCUGCCUAGUCAGUCUUCCAAGCCGGUGCGCGUCUGUGAGUAUUGCUACGACCAGCUUUCCUCAGGGGCGGGCCUGCCACCACGCUCGAACUCAUACAGCCACUCGGUUCAGCCCAACAACAUUUCUGAUGAUGAUGAUGAGGACGAUAGCAGUGACUGAGGGCGGGGAACCUUUACCUUUGCUCUUUUAGGAAUAUAUCUUCUAUUCAGGUCCCAGUGCUUAUGUAUUUUUUUCCAUUCAAAGGAUGAAAUUACCAAAACGUUCAUGAUUAAUUGACAUGGGUUUAAGAUUUUAGGCAAUGAUACUAAUUAAACUGUGUGAACUUAUUCUACAUGUAGGGGUGUAACGAAACACAUUUUACAAUACAAUAAA